GGACGGAGGAGUAGUUUACUUUCAAAUUAGAAAAAUGAGAGUAAAAAGAAAAAAAAACAACAAAAAUGGAAACGAAAACAAAACACAUGGCACAAAGAAACCCUCACGAGUCUAAAAAUAUGUGGCACGGGUGAGCGAGUCAAACCCCAAAAGCCCAGUGGACAGUAGCGCAGCCUCCACCCUUUUUGGGCCUCGUCCGCUUCCCACCCUCAUUUCUCUUUUCUCCUCCCAGAAUCGUUUUUGGCCGUCUUUCAGUUCCUCCGUAGAGAGAGAAACAGAGACAGUGUUUUGUAGCGAAAAGGAACAAAAAAAAAAAAACCUCGUCGGCUCUCUCAAAUCCUUUGCCCGGCUAAUUUAGUUGGGGGCGACCUGAGAUCAUCACAUCAUCGGCGUAAAACCCUAGGAGAGAGACAACAGAUUUCUGUUACUCCAAUCAUGUGGAGGAGACUCGCCUCUUCGCAGCUCAAGGCUCUCGCGAAUCUACGAUCGGCGGCUCCUAAGCCUCAUUCUUUCUCCGCCGCCGGCGUAUCUCGUCCUGCCGCCGCCGUCUUCUGCAGCCACUUCUCCACUGAAUCUGUAAAUGUGGGUACAAAAAAGAGGGUUGAGGAUGUAAUGCCAAUUGCCACUGGUCAUGAGCGUGAAGAGCUUGAAGCUGAGCUCGAAGGAAAGGAUAUUCUGGCCAUUAACUAUCCUGUUGGUCCAUUUGGCACAAAGGAAUCACCUGCUGUCAUUCAAUCCGUCUUCAACAAAAGAAUUGUUGGAUGCCCAGGAGGCGAAGGCGGUAAGUUUGCUGUGAUCUUCUUCGUUUAUGUGUCAUGAAAUGAACAGAAAAAGAAUCUAGUUUAACUGGUUUUGUUUGUUAAUUUUUUCUUUCGGGGACCUUUGAUUUGCAUUUUCUGUUGGCAGAGGAUGAACACGAUGUGGUUUGGUUCUGGUUAGAGAAGGAUAAGCCGCAUGAAUGUCCAGUGUGCUCGCAGUAUUUUGUGGUGAGUACUAGAUGUAAAUGGUCUUAUUCUCUCAGUCCUUGCUAAUUUUUUGAUUUUCAUUCAAGUCCUAGAUUCUUUCAUCCUGGUGGAGACUAUCGUCUCCUACCUGCACCCUUGUAGACCUCCUUUUUUUGGUGGCAUUCUUGUUUUUCUUGGCAUUGACUUUGAAGCCAAUGCAUGUGUUAGAUAAUUAAUAGCACGUAUCUGGAUUAUGGGGUUCAUGUUUGGAUAUAGUUAAAUAGAUUGAGAAGCCUGUUAAACAAGUUUUAUCAACUGUUUAUUCUUGAAACAUCCAGAAUCGCCUGUAGGGAAAUACGGUUGCAUCCUUAGUGGUUAUGUGCCCAAUUACUUAGUUCCUAUAUUUUCUACUCUUACAUUGUUGUUCUUAUAAUGCCUAGAUUGUUUAGCUUCUGUCGUCAUGUUCACUCUAUGGCAGACUUAGGUUAGAGGCAUAUAUUUCAGUAGGCUGAU